UAUCUUAGCAACAGCCAUCUGUAGAUCUAGAACGCCGAAUCUAGAUCUAGAAUAAUAGAUCUAGAGUAAUCUAGACUCUAUAGAUUCAGAUCUAUAGUCUAUAGAUCUACUCCUAUCAUAAUCAUAGUCGAAAUAGUAGAUAUAGCGGCCUACAUUAUUAUAUCAUUAUUAUUAUUAUACACUUAUACAGAAGUAAACAUGAAUGAGGACAAAAAUAAUGAAACUGACAGAGCUAAAGUGACUUCUAAACUUGAUUUAGCUACAUCUAAUAAAAGCUCCAGUGGUAGUGAAGAUAAAGUAAAAAACAAUCAUUCAGUUAGGUCUGAUACCAAUAAGAAAAGUGGAGCAGCUACGGACAGACAUAAAAAAGUAAAACAAAGGCAAAGUCAAAUACCAAAAGAGCCAACACGAAUAACAUCCCAGCCAAAAGAUGCACAGGAAGCUCCAGCAUCUGAUGUUGAUCAAUCUGAUGUAUCUAACUUAAUCCCCCCCUCAGGAGAUGGAGACUUUGCUAAGCAAAAACCUAACUUUAAAAAACAGUUAACACCAGAUCUCCAUCACAAUGAUGAUAACACCAAUAAUUCAAGCCCUAUUCCUCAGUUACUUCCUCCUCCUGCCCCUCCUCCUCCAAAAAAAACUCAAAAUGGCAGUGAAAAGAAAGAAAUGAUUCCAAUAACUACAUCCGACCAUGUGAACCAUGAAAAAUCUGCUGGGAAAUUUAUCAUAGAGACUCAGGAUUUAUUGAGCCAAAAAAGAAAUCUGAGGAAAGUUAACAGAAGCUCUGAAUAUAAUCCAGUAACCUUGACCAGAAUGGAUAUGUUUGAAAAAGAAUAUGAGAAAUAUGGAACCUCACCACCAGAAUAUUUUCCUCUUCAUCUUGUUCGGACUGUAAUAACAAGCCAGAAUCUUUCAGCUGAUUUGGUUACUCUCAACUUCAAUGGCAUUGACCAAUUGACAGAUUACCUUUUUCCACUUUUAAUGGGUGGUGGCACUACUCCAAAUACAUACUUUGUCAGUCUAAAAAAACUGAAUCUUGUUGGGUGCAUUCACAUAACAGAUCAAGGAUUAAAAUGGAUAGCUAAAUUGUUUCCAGAAGUUCAAAUGAUUGAAAUUAAUGCCUGUAGAAAAGUAACAGAGAAAGGACUACAUGCCCUUUUUACAGGGUGUAAAAAUUUACAAAAUUUGGCAGCGAUGGCAGAUAGUGUCUCCACUAUACCUGAUUCUAUUAGUUUAACUAGAUUGUUUCAGGGGUCCUUUCAGUGGGCUGGGAAUCCAAUCAUUUCUGAAGGAAAAGAAUAUUCUUUGCAUAAAGGUGAGGCUUUAGAUUCCUUUCAGGAUCCUUUGAAGAAAAAAAUCAUUAUUUUAAGACAUGAUAGUGUUGCUGAGAGCGUUCUGUCCUAUAUUGACCAAAACAAAGACAAGAAACUUAAAUCAUUCAGUUAUACUGACAAGCUUAACAUACCUAGUGUAGAUGAGAGUCAGCAAAUUCUAUUCAACGUUUUAGAAAUGUCUGCUGAGAAUUCUUUAUUAGAUAGCAUCAUCUCAGAAGGUUCCAUUGUUAUGAUUGUGUACAGUUCCCCCACUGACACUGCUGAGCUAAUCCAGUUUGCUAAUCAGCUAGUGGACAUCAUGUCAUCAGCAGUGUUAAAGUGUGCUGAUAUUGUCAUUCUCUUAGUGGAAUUGGUCAAUGAUUCUUCAAAAGAAAAUGGUUUAAGAAAUCUCAUUAAAAUCAGAUUGGAUUAUCUUAAGGAAGCAUUGUAUAAUGCAACUUACCAUUUAUACAAAAGAAAUUGGCAUCUUGAAUGUUUAGAUUUUAAAGGACAGCAAAGUGUGUCCUGGGGAAUAGCUAGUCUUGAAGCUUUAGAAGAGUUGAGUGAGGAUGAAGGAAAGAAUGUAAAACUUAGAACUGUCAAAGUGACCAAGUCUAGCUUUCUUCAAGACAUUAAGAAGGCUCUAGCUGAAUGUGCAGUGUUAAUAAAGACAUUGGUCCCUUGGGUUCAUUGUGAUUGGUCUAUCAAGUUGAAUGAAACUAUUAGUAAGAUUCCCAAGGCUGGCGCUUCAACACAAUCAACAAUUUUUGAACAAACAGAUGAAAUAGCAAGAGCUCACCUGCAUAAGAGAUACUCCUAUCCCAGAUUGGGGAAAGUUCUCAAUUUGCUGCAUAACUGGGGAGAAGGUUUGUACAUUAGUCACCAGCACAACAGUUUGUGUGUCACAGAUUUAAAAGCAUAUGAGAAUCUUGUGCACAAUAUUUGUGACAUGAAGCCUCCUGACAUGGUAACAAUAAAAUGCCUAAAAAAAGGAAUGCCUAGCUGGUCAUUGGAGUCCCUAGGUGCUAAAAUAAAUGACAUGAAUUUAAUUGUAAAACCUUCUCAUGUAGUUUCAUUGAUGAAGCACCAAUCCUUAUUAUUAGAAGUUAAGAAUCAAUUAUUAGAGAAUGAAUCUGUCAAUAAAUCUGUUUAUAUCAGAUGGUCUGAUGUACCCAAUCUUCAUGAAUCACUUGAAUAUCUUUGGCCUGAACCCUGUCCUAAAUCAAGAAUUUUCCAAACUAACAGAUGCUACAAUUUUUUACCAACUUUACCACCAAGGUUCAUGCCUAAACUUCUUAGCACAAUUCUGAAAGUUUAUCAGCCACUUUGCAUAUGGAAAACUGGUUUUCUACUGAGACAAGGUCCAGUUGAUAUAAAAGCAUCUCUACAUAGAUAUAAAGGAGGAGAAUUUGACAGAACUGCUGUUCUAGUUGUGUCUGCAAGAGUUGUGGAUUUUCAUAAAAGUGCAACUUCUGAAAGUGGGGAAGAAACAUCGCCAUCAAGCCAGUACAUCAGACAUGUUAUGUUUGCUUGUUUGAGACAAGUUCUGCUUCUUGUUGAUAGUGUCUUUCAGAAAGUUAAAGUCUAUGGUUGUAUAACAUUACCUUGCCCAGAAUGUGCAGGUCACAGUACUGAAGGAAUAAUCAGCAUUGAUCAAACUUGGCAUCUGUUUUACUACAUUGGUGUUGCUCACAAACACAGACAUUGUAAGCAACAUCCUCAUGUGAACCCAGUUUAUUUAUGUGAUGCAAUGGAAGAUCUGGGAGAAGGCAGAGUUGUUCCACUUCAUAAUUAUCCUUACCACAUUGAUGCUGCAAAAGUAUAUGAAGAUAGAGUUAGAUCACGUCGACAUCGCCACCUGGAUCCACCAGAAAAAUGUUAUUACUGUGGGAGCCAGUUGGAUAUUCCAUGUUUACAUUGUCAUAUGUGCUUCAGAUGCACAGAACUCUUUGCUAAAUUUGCCAAGAUUGUUCAGCCUGGAUUCAUAACAUCCAAGUCUUUUAAAGUUCAGAAGUUCCAUGAUGGAGAGAUGCAAGAUGAUGAACGUAUAGUCAGCAACACCAAAGGUUCUGUAUAUUUUUAUAAAAAGGGUCACAGAAUGCAGUUGUUGCCAGUCAUGACUCCCUUCUAUUGGGAUGAAGUUUUUAUUACUAUCCUAAAGGGAGCUAACUUUUUUCUUCAUUUAACCUUUGGCACAGGCCAAAGAUUAGAAUACCAUGGCCUUGCAGGAGCAUUAGUUGAUCAACAUGGAGUAACUCAUCAAAAUGAAAUGUGGAAAAGCAGGGAUGCCAAUCUUGUCAACAUCAAAUUAGAAUCAGUUGAACUUGGUAAGAGAGUGAGAGUCUCCAUGUAUUUGAAAGGCUUGAAAGUGUUGAGUGAGGAGAUCAAUGGCUGGAACAUGAAACUGGACAUACAUUCAGAGAAAACUGGAGUUUAUGUCAUCAAUACACCUGGAAUAAAAAUGGGCUGGCAGUCUGAUGACAAUAAAUUUAUGACUGGAACUACAUUAGAAGUAUCAGAAGAUCCUAAGACAAUACACCAAGCUUUGAUUCUAGAGAAAUCUCCAGAAGGUUAUCUUACAUUAGAUAUGAAUAAUAAACAGAAACAGUAUGUUUACACAAGCCCACAGUUGAUACCCAUGGGUACAGCUUCAGCUUUACAGGCAACUCUAAGUAGCACAUUGCCAGCUGGUAUGACACAAGAAGGGUUGGAAAAUUUCAAAAGUCCAGUACCUUUGUGGUCAUUUUUAAAAUAUCAGGUCCCUUGUGAAUUUGAAAGUCUAUUGAGGAACAUUGAUGACAAACAGCUGAGUUAUCCCUGUAUAAAAAUGGAGUUUCCAUCAGUUUUAUAUAGCAAACAAGUUCAUCUGAGAGACAGCAUUGAAAAAAUUAUGUUUACAGAUGGUAGUUGGAACUUUCCCAUGACUGCUCUUCUCCUCUUACCUGCCAAUUUUUCAAAAGAAGAUCUUUUGGUGUGUUCUCAGAAAAGGCUUUCAAAUGGCUUUAAGUUACACCCACUGUGUUGCUUUAGAGCUGAUGUCAAUACCGUAAUGUCUGUAGGUCCAACAACUCCACAGCUAGAGACUUUAGAAUGCUUCCAUAAUGUUCACCUGGUGGAUAACUCAGGCUUUGAGCCAAAAAUUUUAAAGAAAGAAGAAGCUUCUGACACCAACAUAUCAACUUGGUUUGAUAUUUUUUUAAAAGAUCACAAAUCAAGCCUUGUAAUACUGUGGGCUUGGAUGAUUCUGUUACUACGGCUGCAGCAUGAUUCAUUAACACAAGUUAAUGAACUUAUAUCUCACAUACACAGUUCUGAAAGAUUGUCUCCUGUGGAGGUUACUGAAGGUGUAAAGCAAAUAGCACAUUUUUUAUCUCAAGUUAUGUAUUUAAAUCUUGGUAAAGAUUUUAAUUUUGCUCAGUCUUUAUCAGACAUGGCAGUAGAGCAUCUAAAGGCUCUUACAAGUUUGCAUGGAGAAAUGCAAGGCUUAGUCAAAAUGUCACCUCCGUUCCUCGAAGAGUUUUUACUAAUGUGUGAAUCUCAUCAAGCUAGUUGGCAAGUCAGCAAAAGUCUGAACCAAUUUUCCAGAAUCCCUGGAUCAUACUGCCAGUUUAUAUAUUCUUUGAAUCUCAGUGGAAACAAUUUGACAGACAUUCCUGCAGAUCUAUUCAUUUCUGCUAGAAACAUGAAAGAUAUAAGUUUUACUGAUAACAAGCUGGAGUUACUACCGCCUGAAAUAGAACACUGUAAACAGCUUAUGACUUUGUGUGUCUCAGGGAAUCACCUAAAAACUUUACCCAGCACUCUUCAGAACUGUCAAGAUUUAAGUCGCCUAGACAUCUCCAAGAAUAGUUUCCUUGAAUUUCCUGAAGUGGUUCUCAAGCUCAAGAAUUUGGUUCGCUUAUAUGCACAGCAUUUAUUAUUAAAAUCUCUUCCUGAGAAUAUUGGUGAUCUCUGCAAUCUUGAAAUUUUAGUGCUAAAUGGUAAUUGUCUGACAAGCUUGCCUUCCAGCUUGGGCAAGCUCCAACAACUAAAAGAUCUGUGUUUGAAUGGAGUCUGUUGGAUCAAAAGUCGCAGCAAUGGUUUGUUGUCUAAAGAUCAUUUUGAAGAAUUUUUGUCAAACAACAAUCUUCAUCCAUGGCUUGACAGACAUCUUCAGGAUAAAACAAACAUUUUUCAACUUUUUGAUGAGGAUACAAAUGGGACUCUUGACAGCAAAGAGAUCGGAAAGUUGAAUGCUAUAAUAUUUUAUAUUUUCCCUCGGUUUGGACAUCAAAGAAAAGAAGCACCUGAUGAUGAUACACCUUGUGGAUUUCCUGAAGUUAUAUUUGAGCUAAAAAAUCUCCAGUAUUUGUCAUUUCAGUAUCAGGGUAUAACACAGGUUCCUGAAGAUAUAAGAAAAUUAACUAAACUAACCACAUUACAUUUAGGAAACAAUCCAAAUUUGUUGACUAUUUCUGCACAUAUUGGAAGCUUGUCAUUGAAAAGACUUGAACUGGAAGCAUGCUCUCGACUUAAAACACCACCAAAAGAAAUUCGAGCAAAAGGUUUUGUCACCACUUUUGCUUAUCUAAAGCGACUGCUCACAGGCUCUGUAUCCUGCAAAAGAACCAAGCUUAUGCUUGUUGGAUUAGGAGGGGCAGGAAAAACUAGUCUUGUGAAGGCUCUUCUAAGUGACAACAAAAAAACACCACCUUCUGUUGAACAAGAAAUAACAGAUGGCAUUGAUAUUUGUCAUUGGACUGUGCCAACCAAUGAAGGAGAAAUCACUUACAAUGUAUGGGACUUUGCUGGACAGACUGUUUACUACAAUACUCAUCAAUUUUUCCUGUCAGACAGAGCAAUUUACUUUCUCUUGUGGAACAUUCGUUUAGGACACGAGCAUGCUGGAUUACAGUUCUGGCUUAAUUCUAUUUCAGUCCAUGCACCUAAAGCUCCUAUAUUUGUCAUUGGGACUCAUCUUGAUCAAAUGUCAAAAUUAGAACUGCCAAAAGAGGAGCUUCAGCAUCAGUAUAAUCAAAUCUGUGGCUUUCAUUUUGUGUCUUCAUACACAGGACAGGGCAUUCAAGAAUUGCAAGAUAGAAUGAUUGAAGUAACAUUACAGCAACAAUAUAUGGGAGAAAAAAUCCCUGGUGUCUGGCUCAGUUUUGAGGAAUCUAUUAAAAGUAUCACAGACAAAAAUGUAAUAGAAUACAAAGAACUUGAAAACAAGGCCAGUAGAUCUGGAAUAUUUGAGGCAACAGAAGUUGCUCAUGCUGUUCAGUUUCUUCAUGAACUUGGGUCUCUUCAACACUUUACUAAUACCAACUUAAAAUCUCAUGUAGUGAUCAGUCCACAGUGGCUGGUGGAUGUAAUGGCUUGUGUUGUCUCUGUCAAAGACUCUCAUAUCAAGGAUGGUAAAUUGAAUCACUCUGAUAUUAACACAUUGUGGAAAGACUAUGAUGUGUCACUACACAAGUGGCUGCUGAUGCUAACUGAAGAAUUUGAUUUGACUUUCCCAAUAAAGGAUUCACCUACACAUCUAGUGCCAUGUCUGCUUCCUGAAACUCAACCAGAGUUUGAGUGGCCAGAAAUUCAAAAAGAGGACUUAAAUAAAGAAACAAAAAUGGUUUACAGAUUUGAUUAUCUCCCUGCUGGACUUUUCAAUAGAGCACAGGUUAGACUGAACCAGUUCUGCGACAGCUCACUGAUAUGGAAGAAAGGAUCUUAUUUAAAGAAAAAUGGUCACAUCUGUUUAAUUCACCAAUCAAAAGAGUCUGAGGUAACUGUUAAAGCCCAUGGACCACGUCCAGAAAAUAUAGUUCUGCUAGUUCAUGAAGUCUUUGAGAUCCUGAUCUUAGAAUCAUUUCAAGGUAUCACCUAUGAUUUUUGUCUACCAUGUCCUGAUUGUCUCAGAUUGGCAACAAAGGAUCCUCAUUUGUUUCCUGCAUCUCUAAUCAGAAGAGCAACUGAACUGAAAUCUCCAUUUCUUCAAUGUCUCAAAUAUUUUCACACUGUUUCUAUCACAGACCUACAUGCCAUAAUGCCUCCUGUUAGCAGCAAGGAUUUUGAUCUCCAUCUUGUUCAAGCUAUAAGAGGAAUGAAAGAAUUGAAGCAGGAUUUGUUGGCAGAUGUGUUUCUGUCUUACUGUGAAGAAGAUUUAAACUCCAAGAUUGAAGUUUCACCUAACAGAAUCAUUGCAGACGUGAAAAAGUUGGGAUACAAAUGUUGGCACUCUAAAGAUAAAACUGAAUUUAUGGAUGAGAUGGCUAAGGCUCUUAUGGAUGCCAAGAUUUUUAUGGCUUUUAUUUCCAACAACUAUGUUGAGAAUGAGACCUGUUGUAACCUGUUUAGAUUUGCCAUACAGACUUUGAAGAAACCCAUUAUUCUUGUGGCUGUUGGGGACAAUAUGGAAUGGCAGCGCAGCAGCUUAGGCAUUCUGACUGCUGAUAUAUUGUAUGUGAACAUGACCCAGUCUAGCCGAUAUGGAUCAAAAAUACAAGAACUCACAGAAGCUUUGAGAAAAAAACAUCCAAUUCAUCAUGACAAUACAGAAGUGAGCAAGAGUUACCCUCCUUGUUUCAUAUCAUAUACUUGGAAAAAUUCAGCAAAAGCAGUAGCCAAAGGAUCCAGAACUACAGAAGGUGCUUUAGGGUUUGGAGAUCCACGAGAUAUUAAAAACUUUUUGGAAGACAAUGGCAUUGGUUGUUGGCUAGAUGAAGAAAGAGUUGGCCAGCAUGGUCUGUUUGAAGAUAUCGCUGAGGGACUACUGCAUAGCUCAGUAGUUGUGGUGUGCAUCUCUGAUCAGUAUGUCUUGUCAGACAAUUGUAAUAAAGAAUUUUGUUUUGCUGUAAAUGUACUUCAAGUCCCUGUGGUGCUAGCAGUUGUUGGCACUGGAGAUAAGUGGAGAACUACUGAGCUUGGCAUAAUGUCACUUAAACUUCCCUUGGUCAGCUUCCAAGAAAGGAGUGAUUGUGCUAUGGAUAAACUUUUAAAACUUGUUCAAGCUCAGCUUUCAGCUAGUAGCAAUAAGAGCAACAGAGAAAAGAUUAAGAGCAAAAGAAAACAAUCUGUUCAAGAACAGCAGAAACUUUCAUUUCAGGAGCUAUGUGAAUUGGCUCAGCGAAAAUUUGUGCGCCAAAUAAGUGAAUACAUAGAACAGCUAGAUUCUGGACCUUAUCCAAGCAUUAUUGUAAUUGAUUUCAGUUCCGAUACAAAAGGUCAGGAUGAGUUCAAAGAAGUCAAAAAAAAACAGCCAUAUUUGAGUGCUUCUGAUUUCCAUGAUCAGAAAUUUUGUGCUCAGUUACUUUGCGAGCAUGAAGAGGGCUGGCAUUUGUCUGGAAGUGCAUUACCUUUGGAUGAUGGCUUUGGACGUACUAUUGACCAGUACAUUCCAUAUUUAGCAAGAAUGACCCUCAUAGCCAAGUACAGCAAGAAGAUUGUUCUUAACUGUCUGACUACAAGAAAUGGACAGAUGUAUCUUAAGUGGCUAGAAGAGAAUCCAUCUGUCAAUGCAGAUUUUCAGUCUAGCUAUGUUUCUCUUAGGCAAGUCAUUUACAAUGCAGAUCCAAAAUAUCAAAUGGCAAAGCUGGAAAGGUGUCUAAUGCCUAGUGGUAAAUAUACCUGGCUUUGUGAAACACAUCGCAGAGCAGCCAGAGUGACAGUUGUACCAAGAGAAUCUGUUACGAACCUGUUACAUCAUCAGACUGACAUUCUAGGUAUUGAUUACAUGCUACAAGCAUUACAGGAGGUUGAGCCAAGUGGAUUACCUCAAAAACUGAGGAGAAAAGCAGAGACACUUAAAAACAGAGAUGGAGAUAAAGAAGUUAAUCAAUCAAAAAGAGUGUCAAGUCCAAAAGCAUUGGCUAAUCAAGCUAAACAAGAGCCGCAGCUUGAAUCUUCAAGGAAGCAUGAAGGUCAGCAGUUUAAAAGAAAUCAAGAACCAGAACCAAGACCAACUAGUAGAGCCUGCUACAUUAUGUAAUAUGUAAAUAUGACCUGAAUGCUUUAUUUAUUUGAAAAAAAAAUGCACAUUUUAAUAUGUAAAUAUAAAAAUAAAGUAAGAAGUAGUGAGUGACAGUAGACAACAAUAAGGACAUUACUAUUUUUA